CCUCCUCUUGCCUGGGUCUCCCUUCUCUCCUUUUCCUCCUCCUUCCCCAGGCCAUGGUGGCUCCCUUUCCCUUUGGGAAGGGGCUAGAAGCCCUGGCCUCCUCCUCCUCCUCCCUCUUGCUGCUGCUGCUGCUGUGGAUCCCUCAGCUGAAGCCAGCUCUCCAUCCUCCUCCUCCUCCCUGCCUCCUUUGCAAGGAGGAGAGCUGGCUGUAGGAGGAGGACCUCUCUGCGGCUGCUGCUGCUUGGUCAAAAUUGGGCUUCUUUGCCACAGAAGAAGAAGAAGGAGGGCAAGAGCUGGCCUUCUUCAUUCUCUCUCCUAGGGCUGGGAGGGCUGGAAAAGUUACAGCUAUUUGCAUUUCAUUUUAUUUCCUCCCUUUCCUGCACCUGCAUUGGGACUCCUUCCUCUUCCUCUCUAAGCCCUCUUCCUCUUUUUGGGGGGAGAGAGAGAAAGACAAGGGGGAAGUGGACCCAAAGGCUGACUCUUCGUUUGCUUCCAAGCCUCCUUGGCUUCCAGAUCUCCCAAGGAUGGAGCUGCUGGCUUCUUGGCGAGGAAAGUGAAGCUGUGGGUGGAAGAAAAAAGGGGGGCACAGAGGGACCUUGGUGUGGAGGGGUCUCUCCCCUCAGCUCUUUUCCUUCAGCUCCUAGACUCCUGCUAACAAACCAUGAUGGACAAUGUCUCUUGACCUCUGAGGCACCUCUUCUUGACACCUGGCUUCCCAUUGGAUUUAAAGUUGGUUUGCUUUUUAAAAUUGUUACUCCUUUUGACCUUUUUUGCCCCUUUUCUGAGAAAAAAGAAUUACCACCCCUGGAUUUUUUAAUAUAUAUAUAUAGAGGGUUGCGGGAAGCUUGCCCUCCUUGAGAAUGGGCAACGCGGCCAGCAGCAUGGAGAUGUCUCCAGCCAAGGAGGUGAAGAGCCACCCUGCCACCACCACCUCUUCACCACUGCCCCCCAAACAGCCUGCGCCCCCCAAGCAACCCAUGCCAAGCUCUGGAGAGCUGGAAGAGCGGUUUUCGCAUGUCCUGAAUUCUAUGAACCUGCCACCAGACAAAAUGAAGCUAUUGAGCCAGUAUGACAAUGAGAAGAAAUGGGAGUUGAUCUGUGACCAGGAAAGGUUCCAAGUGAAAAACCCACCUUCUGCUUAUAUCCAGAAACUGAAGGGCUAUCUGGACUCCGGUGGAUUCAGUGGAAAGUUCAAGAGGCGGGUUCAAGAGUCCACCCAAGUUCUUCGGGAGCUAGAGAUAUCUCUGAGAACAAAUUAUAUUGGUUGGGUCCAGGAAUUCCUGAAUGAAGAAAACAAGGGCCUUGAUGUGUUGGUGGACUACCUUGCCUUUGCCCAGUGCUCUGUCACGUAUGAUAUGGACAGCACUGACAAUGGGAGCCCUGGGUCCGACAAGGGAAAACCCCUGGACAGAUCUAUGGAAGACCUCAGCAGAAACAGCUCCCCCACGCAGGGCUCCACCAAAACGAGGCACUUCACUGUCAGGUGUUGCCAUUUGAAUCAGCAGAUCCAAACAUUCUUUCAACAAGUCCACCCAAGCAUCCCCUCCUCCAGCACCCCCGGGAGCGAGCAGGACUGUAAGCCCAGGCCACCUGUCAACUCCUACUCACCCCGACUCAAUCCGGCACACAGUAGGAAAGCAUUGCGGAAUUCGCGCAUUGUCAGCCAGAAGGAUGAUGUUCAUGUUUGCAUCAUGUGCCUCCGUGCCAUCAUGAAUUAUCAGUCUGGCUUCAGCCUUGUAAUGAACCACCCCGCCUGUGUCAAUGAAAUCACACUAAGCCUCAACAAUAAGAACCCCAGGACCAAAGCCCUUGUCCUUGAGCUGUUGGCUGCUGUUUGCUUGGUCCGAGGUGGGCAUGACAUCAUUCUGGCGGCCUUUGACAACUUCAAAGAGGUCUGUGGUGAGAAAAACCGCUUUGAGAAGCUGAUGGAAUAUUUCCGAAAUGAAGAUUGCAACAUAGAUUUCAUGGUAGCUUGCAUGCAGUUCAUCAACAUUGUGGUUCAUUCUGUGGAGAACAUGAAUUUCCGUGUCUUCUUGCAAUAUGAGUUCACACAGUUGGGACUGGAUGAAUAUUUAGAGAAGCUGCGCUAUACAGAGAGUGAUAAGCUGCAGGUGCAGAUCCAAGCCUACCUGGACAACAUAUUUGAUGUGGGUGCCCUGUUAGAAGACACAGAAACCAAAAACGCCGUUCUGGAGCAUGUGGAGGAUCUGCAAGAAGAAGUUGGACAGCUCACAGCAAAGCUCCAGGAUGCCGAAAACGAGUCUUUGGCCAAGGUUGCUGAGCUAGAGAAACAACUGUGCCAAUCACGCCGUGAGCUGGAGGCUUUGAGGGCAAGAACCACAAGUGAUGAGCAGAACACAGAGGAACAAGCCAGAAACGUAAACAGUCCAAAGGAUCCCCCUGUGUUCCAAAUGCAGCCAUCUCAAAGGGAUGGAGAACCUCCAUUGCCCUCUGGUUUGGAACGCAAACUUGAGGAAUUAGAAGACAAGGGGUUGAUCCGGAUCCUGCGCAGACCUGAUGGAGAUGCCAUUACAAGCAUUGAGGUCAUCCCAGUCAUUGUGGAAACUACAGCAGCCACCACUAUUACUAUUGAAGCUCCAUCAUCAACCAGCACAGAUGUUCCUUCACCAUCUGCGUCGCCUGUUCCUUCACCUGCUCCAGAAAUUCCACCGCCACCUCCCCUGCCCUUCACUCAGGAUAACAGUUCUAUGAUUGCCCAAACGUCUCGAGAAGAAGGCUCUCUUGCUCCUCUUCCUCCCCCAGCACCACCCCUUCCUGUGGUCUUUGAGCCUCCACCUGCCCCACCGCUUCCUACAGCUACUACUACAACCCAGCCACCGCCACCGCCGCCGCCACCCCUCCCAUCAGUGAAUGGUCCAGCUCCUCCUCCUCCCCCUCUCCCUCCCCCCAUGGCUGAGGGGGUGAAUAUACCAGGAAUCACUGUUGGUUCAGCUAUUAAGAUCAAAAAGCCAAUACAGACCAAAUUCCGCAUGCCUAUCUUCAACUGGGUUGCCUUGAAGCCAAACCAGAUCAACGGGACAGUCUUCAAUGAACUUAAUGAUGAGAAGGUCCUUCAGGAGCUGGACAUGAAUGACUUUGAGGAACAGUUCAAAACAAGAGCACAAGGCCAAACCCGAGAGCUCAGUGCUAUAAAGGUGAAGGCGUCCCAGAAAGCCCCCAGUAAGGUGACGCUGAUUGAAUGUAACCGAGCAAAGAACCUGGCCAUCACACUCCGUAAAGGGGGCCUUACCAUCGAUGGCAUCUGCAAGGCCAUCCAGACGUACGACCUACAAUCCCUCAGCCUUGAUUUUCUGGAGUUACUGAUGCGCUUCAUCCCCACGGAAUAUGAGCUCACAGCAAUCCGCAGGUAUGAGAAGGAGCAGCGUCCACUGGAUGAGCUGUCAGAUGAGGACCAGUUCAUGAUCAAGUUCAGCAAGAUCCCCCGACUAGCUGAGCGCAUGAACAUCAUGACCUUCCUAGGCAACUUUGGAGACACUGUACAGCUCCUCCUGCCGCAACUGAACGCUGUCAUCGCUGCUUCAAUGUCAGUCAAGGCUUCUACCAGACUGCGCCAGAUUCUGGAGAUUGUCCUUGCUUUUGGAAAUUACCUGAACAGUAGCAAACGGGGAGCUGCCUAUGGGUUCCGAUUGCAAAGCCUUGAUGCGCUCCUGGAUAUGAAAUCAACAGACCGGAAACAGACGCUACUUCAUUACAUAGUGCGGGUGAUCCAGGAGAAAUAUUCUGACCUCACAAGUUUCUCCAGUGAACUACAUUUCCUGGACAAAGCAGCAACAGUGUCACUAGAUAGUGUACUCCAAGAUGUGAGAGGGCUACAGCGGGGCAUGGAAUUAACACGUAAAGAGUUCAUGCGUCAAGAUGACAGUGCUGUGCUCAAGGAUUUCCUCAAGGCCAACACAGAAGUGAUGGAGAAGCUACAAGCAGACAGUAAAACUGCACAGGAGGCCUAUGAGGCAACAGUAGAAUACUUUGGAGAAAACCCAAAGACCACCCCUCCAACCAUGUUCUUCCCCACAUUUGUGCGCUUUAUUAAGGCAUACAAGAAAGCAGAAGAAGAUAUCCAGUUAUGGAAGAAGCAGGAAGCAGCUGCCAAAGAAGAAGAGUUGGAUUCCCCCAAGAAAGAGGAGCAGGUGGCACCAAAAUCUCCCACCCAUAAGGCCAAGCGGCAGCAGAUGGAUCUCAUCUCAGAACUGAAGAAGAAGCAGAUGGUGAAGGAGCCUCUGAUUUAUGAGGAGAAGGAUGGUGCUAUUGAGGACAUCAUUACGGGUCUGCGGAACCAGCCAUACCGGCGAGGGGACACUGGUCGGCAUAGUGGCAAGAAACGGAUUGCUGGGCAGAUGCUGCAGGUGACCUCCGACAUCUCUCUGUGACAGCCACAAAUAAGAACAGCAAAUCAGCCAGGCCUUUUGCUGGGAGAGGCAAAAACUUGGGGGUUUAUAGCCAACCUGCCUGGGCCUAAAACUCAUCCCACCUCCAGAAAAAAACAGAGGACUCUGGGCAGGAUGGCUCCACCCCAUCCCUUUCAGCUUUUAAAGCCAUCUGUGGAGUUUUGCAAAUGCAAGACCCCCAGUGACACUGCCCACUUCUUCAUUUUGAACUUGGAAGGUUGGCCUUACUCAUGUUUGCCUGACCCACUGUGGAAUUCUGUCAGUGGGGAGAAGUUCCACUAUGUACUGCAGGGACAGCUUGUGGUGCUUGAAGGUGACUCCAUAAUGUAAACAAGAACCACCUUAUGCAGCCAUGGAUCCUUUUUUGGUUUCUUCUUCCCCUGAAAAGGAGGCAAGUAACAUAGCAGAGUCUGGUUUCCUAGUCCCUAGUCUCGUUUCCACCUGGCCUGCUCUGGUUCCUUUGCCAACUGCAUUUAUAGCUGGGCCAUUUUAUUUUGCUUUAAUCCUCCAGUUCCUCUCUGCCUGGACUAUAGAAGAGAUGGUGUGGAGUUUUAAGGAGGAUCCCCUGCUCCCUGCAGCCAUCAGUUGGCACAAAAGGUGCUGUUUAUCCAUAGGAACACUCAUACGCCUGUAGAAAGGGUUCUUACCCAGGAAUGUGUAACUUCAGGAUCACUUAAGCCAUUCAAAAGUGGUGCAACAGGGGCUACCUAGCCAGUAGGUCCAAGAGGACUCUGGCUAUUCUUGGGUGAUGGCAAGCACCCAGCACAGAACAGCAUCCAGCUCCAGCACUUUUAAAAAGAUCUUCCUUGGAAGUGCAACAGCAGUUUCAGCACUAUGAAACCCCAAACUGCAGACCGCACUUCUUUCUGUGAUAAGGAGCAGGUUGGCUCCAGUGGUUUCUCUCCAUUUGCCAUGUUUUAUGGUCAACGCACAAACAGGCCAGGCCUGCUUGAUUUCCUCAAAGCUGGACAUUUCUGAUUGUGUGCAGUCAUAAAUCCCCAGCAGGGCUGUUGUGCUAGUAGAUUUCAGAAAAGAGAUGAAGGAAAUAGUCGGGGAGGACAAAAGGUUCACUUCUUGUUGUGUCUGCUAUGUUUGUGAAGUCCAAAUUGGUCCUCAUAUCAUGGCCACAUGCAAUUUCCUUUUUAAAAAAAUUACAGCUCUCAUAAUCCCCCAACAGAUUAUGAUUCUGUCUGGAGGAUUCAGAGAGUUACAGUCCUAUUAGGUAACUUUGACAAGCUCUGGCGAUAUGUAUUUACAAACCAAAGCAGAUGACAAUAAUGUCACAGGGUGUUAAUUGGAUGCAGACUAUUUAGCAAAUUUGACCAAAUGUUGAAGUUGUCCUUCCCUCUGCCCUCAAAGGCUUGCCCAUAGAUACUGGAAAUCACCUGGAGAAUGUCUGUGCAAAUCUUGGAUGUAGUGAGAGCAGAAAGGUAACCCAGCUACUAGUGGACGGGAGGAAUAUUCUGUGCCCCUUCUAAUAAGCUGCACUAAAACUCCCACCAUCCCUCAUUGGUUACAUUGGCUGGGGUUGAUGGCAGUUGUAGUCUAUCAGCAGCUGGAGAUAUGUUCCCUACAAAGAUAGAUGGUAGUAGUCAGUCCCUUAAAUAAUUUUGUGUUUCUAUACUAGCACAAUAAUAAACCUGAGGAAAGAAGGCCUGGUCAGUGGAACAGUAUCUCAGGAUUUAAGUUUUUAGCACAGACAUCCCUUUGGCACUUUUUAAACAAACUUACUCUGAUGCAAACAAGCUCAGAGUGGUUUUGUGACAAUCAAAUGGAGUACUGGAGUUGCUGUUCUUUUUCUUGCCACAAGAUGCCAUGCUUUUCUGUGGGUAUUCAUGGUGCUUUUUUGCCAACAUACAGGUAGCAUUGCCCAGGGCACUUGCUCUCUUCCUAUUGCUUACCCUUUCAGAUCUACAUUCUUAAAUACUCUUCUACAAGCAGGUAAAAUGGAGAGUGAAGAUGAUAACUGUUACAUCAGUUAGGCCAUACACACUGUAAUUUCUUGGCGCUACAACUGGUCAUCAUCAGUGUACAUUCAGUUGCCCAUUGCACUGGCACCAUGUGGGACCACUUCUGCACUUGAAUGAAGUGGAACUAGAUCAUCUGAAAUAUUAAAACUCAUGCCACUACUGUACUUAAAGGUAUGUAGUCCUUACUGGAGCUUGAAAACUACUUUUUACACUAGAACUUACUCAGUCCCCCAGCCAGUGUGAGCAUUAUCCAUGCUGGCUGGAGAUUCUGGGAGUUGUAGUCCAAAAAAGCAACUUUUAAUGUUCUGGUCUUUAUAAUCCAAGCAGACCCAUGAUGAACAUGCAUUCUGCCCUCUAGUGACCCUUUGCCCCAGGCAUCUGUUACACCAAUCCCUGCAUCUCCUCUGAUCAUACUGUUUUCCUCUUUUUGUUUUUGGGGGUGGAAGAAGAUUAUGAAAACUCCAAAACCAUGUUGGGGAUAAUAUUUGCUGUCCAUCCCUUGCAAAUGAACAAAAUUGCACCUUCUCUUGGUGUAAUCUGUCCCUUUGCACAAAUAGAGGCCAGCUUGCAGUUUGCCCCCACAGAGGCCACUGCUGUCCAAAGAGCUGUGGCUUUCUUGUACUCCCUUCACUCCAGCAUGCAUGCCUCUCAGCAGUAAGUGCAUGAUCCAGCAGAUGCUGACCUGCAUACACAACCAAGCUCCUGAUCGGUCUCAGCUAGAUAAUUCAAAACUCUCAAAAUUAGAGGAAUGCUAAGGGAAACUCCCCACGCCUCCCGUCUCAUCUCACUCCAGACUUGAAGCAGCACACCCAAGUAGAAUACUGAGUUUUAUACUCAACUACUUGUUGCUUACCUCCUGUCACUUAAAAGCAGCUAAACUGGUCACAGCAUAGACUCAGCCUAGCAAUUUCACACACCGAUUCAUCAUACCAGGGGGAGGGGGGUUAUUAGGAAGAGAAUUGAAUGUGUGCAGCCUAUUAUGUUUUUUGAGAUGCCUUGAAUCAUGUAGGGGAGGACUACAAAAAAAACCCUACAUGAGUGCUAGUUUGUAUACAUUAUUUUUAUAUAUGGUUAUGUGAAAUGCAUUUAAUCCAAAGCAAGUAAACAAUGAUAGAAAAAUAAUAAAUGUAUUCUAAAGGUCUCUGCGUCUGGAGAAUAUUCUGGCCACCUACUCCCAAGACCAAAAGGAACGAAUAAGCCGC